UCAAAGAGGGUCUGCGGCCAAUCCGCGUGCGUCUCUGGGAAGCGGCGCUCCACACUGGCAGAGUAAGUCUGAUGACGUAGCCACUCUCCAAUCCGCAUUCUGGGGGCGGGACUCAAGUCGGGCUGUGCAAGGCAGGAGGAGGAGACCGCCGGGUGGAAUCACGUCACCUGGGACUGGAGCCGGAAGCUACGUCUGGCAGUGAGCGCCCCCCAGCACCUAAGGCUGCGAUGACUUCUGCACUGACCCAGGGGCUGGAGCGAAUCCCAGACCAGCUCGGCUACCUGGUGCUGAGUGAAGGCGCAGUGCUGGCGUCAUCUGGGGAUCUAGAGAAUGACGAGCAGGCAGCCAGCGCCAUCUCUGAGCUGGUCAGCACGGCCUGCGGUUUCCGGCUGCACCACAGCAUGAACGUACCCUUCAAGCGCCUGUCGGUGGUCUUUGGAGAACACACGCUGCUGGUGACCGUGUCGGGACAGAGGGUGUUUGUGGUGAAGAGGCAGAACCGAGGCCGGGAGCCCCUUGACGUGUGAGCCUGCCAGAGGGCGAGGGGCAGAGGUGGAUGGGGCCGUGAGCCUCUGUGAUGAGGAAGACGCAAACCUCCGCCCGCCUCUCUCUUGAUUGCCAUUAGAACUAAGGCUGUCUGCUCACCCACUUCCUCACCCCUACCGGGAAGGGCAGAGGCUUGGGGACUCUGUACUAUGUUAAGGAGAGUGAGGGCGAGGGGACCUCCCUCUCCUCACCUUCCCUCCUAAUAAACGUGAGUCUGAUGUU